GGCAUCUCAUGAGCUAAUUUUGGAUUCGGAAGUGCCUCGAUGCCUUCCUGUCUCGGAAUGCAUCCUCUGAAGGCAGCAUUUUUCAGUUUUCGGAUGCAGUCUUUAUUUCAGUGUAGUGACAUAAUGCCAACUGAAACGGAAUAUUGAAUAGAGGGUGUGGUUUUAUUUUAGCGCUCCUCCUCUCAUCUGUCACUCAUAGCAACCUAACGGGUGAGGGGCGUGGUUAAGGAUGUUCUGCCCAAGCGUCAAACUGAUGUCAUCUGAGAAGGAGUGCCAUUUCAGAGCCGAAGAAAAUGUUCAGAUUUUUUCCCCCUCAAUUGAUUAACUUGCACGGAUUAAUUGUUCACCUCGGGACUAGCAAUGUGCACUAAGUAAAUAAAGUCAAUUAUGAUUUCAUGAAGUCGGCAACAGGUGUAGUUGCGAAUGGAGGAAGGAAGUUAUUGUUUUUUAUUAAGAUUAAGAGGGCAUAUUAAUUAUUGUCAAAAAAUGAUUAUAUGCACAGAUUAAUCAUUUAUAAUAAACACUGCAAUAUUUCACAAGAAAAUGGUAAUUUCAUAGUGACUUCUUGUGAUUCAUCUCAGAGCUGGUUGGUUUGGUUAAUGUCUUUUUACUGAAAAAAAGUUGAAAUCAUACGUUUUUGUAUGUGUAUGCUACCGUAUGCAUACAGUCCAGAACAUAGCCUUUCAAAGUGUACUCUAUUUGAUAGCAUACAUGAAUCAGACAGCUGACUCAUGCAUUCUAGGAAGUUUGUCCAGUGUCUGCACUGUUUCUCUCCAGAAGGUAUGACUGAUCAAAUAUUUUGGUACCCUUUUAAACUAAAGUUGUGGCUAUCUCUUAACGCCCUCAAUGCAGGCGUCUGUUGUUGUUCCAUCUCUUUAGUUUUGUUUUCUACUGAAAUUUAAAAAAAACAGCCAUGGCCAGUGUUGCCAUACAUAUGUAUACAUAGAUGCCUCAUUAGCAACUGUUUCUAUGGGCCGCUAUACGUAAGCCAUCCGCCAUAUUGUAAUGAUCAACUUGACGACAUUCAUCAUAGUAACCAAUGAAUAUUCAAAGAUGCCACAAUCCUGCACAGCCGAUGGUCUGCGAACACAUAGUUUGGUGAAUGACGUCAAGUUGACUGUUCCAAGAUGGCGAAUGCGUCUACAUGCUUGGAGCGGUUGAAUGGGCCGUCUGUACAGGCUUUACACAGAAAAAAGGAAAAAAUAAAUUUUUUUGUAUUCUUUCUCUUCCAGCCAUGGCUCUAAGGCCCACCCUCAGCGUCAUUCUCUUUCUGAUUGGCUGCUGCGCUCUUGAGGACCCGCCCAAGGUUAUGGAGCCGCCCCCUCCUCAUGGGUGUGGCGCUACAGUGGACCCGCCCUACAGAGUUUUGUGCGAUCUGGAGUCCGUGUGGGGCGUGGUGCUGGAGGCCAUAGCGUGCGGCGGUACCGUAUCCUCUCUGAUCCUGGCCAUAGUUCUUUUAGCCAAGCUGAAAACGGUAACGGAACCGGAGAAGCGCUGUGGAGUUGGUCCCCUCCUCCUCCUAUUGGCCGGAACCAUGGGUCUCUUCAGCCUAUCGCUGGUCUUCUUGGUGGGGCGUGGCGAGGUGCUCUGCAUGGUGCGCCGCGGGCUGUGGGGGGUGCUGUUCGCCAUGUGUUUUUCCUGUUUGCUGGUGCAGGGAGUGCGGCUGAAGAAGCUGGCCGGAGGGAGGCGGAGCCCAGCAGGCAGCUCUCUCGCCGGAUUGGCAUUCGCGCUUACUGUGGUUCAAGGCAUCAUUGCUGGAGAAUGGCUGCUGCUUACGGUGGUCCGCGAGGGACAUGCAGCCUGCGAUUACCUGCCUUUAGACUUUGUCCUGGUGUGUAGCUACGCUCUUGCGUUGUUGCUAGCCGCCAGCAUGUUGUCGUUGGCUGUGGUGUUGUGCGGAGGGAGCAACAGAGAGGAGUCGAGCCGGAAGAGGAUGAAGUGGAGGUGCAACGCUGUCUGGCUUUUCCUCUCAUGUCUGUCCUCACUUCUGCUCUGGGUCGCCUGGCUCGGUCUCUAUCUGUACGGAGACGCCGACAUCACAACCAUGGCAAAGGACUGGGAUGAGCCGGCAUUAGCGGUUGCGUUGGUGACCGAGGGUUGGGUGCUGCUGUUAUUUCACGCGAUCCCAGAAACACACAUGUGCUUGCGUCCGUCCAGUCAGAGGAACGCAGACACCGGCCAGAACUACUACGACACCCCUCAGCUGCCAACGGCACAAAGUUACCAUGACGACGAGCGGCCGACCAAUCCCAGAGCUCCGUUUGCAGAGAGUCAGGCGUACACCGUAGAGGAGCACAGUGCGGUUCUGCAGACUGGAGGUUAUCAUAAUGGAUUGAUACGCCCCGCUGUGCCGUUCCGCAGUCACGUUUACCAGCCCACCGAGAUGGCCCUGCUCAUGAACGCAGGACCGAUCCCAACCGCCCCUCCAAACUUCACGGGGAGGCAUCUGUGGUGAGAGUGGUUACCAUGGCAAUAAUGUCCUCUCGGGCCCCCUUAAAGGAUUGAGUUCGGGUGACUUCACAGGGUCAAAAGGCACUUUAUUAAGGUUCCAUGUUAAUCAUUUGGAAAUGCUCCUCUAAUAAAAGAGCUGAUUGAAGAUAAUGGACAUUUUCAACAUGGGAGCAGGCUAAUUUUGCACAUGUUCUCUAAUAAGUGCUUAAUAGAAAAUAAAGGAUGUGCUACAUAUUCGAUAUCACUCAGGUGAUGUCUGUUUAGAUUAAAUGAAUCAGACAAAUCAUACUGAUGAGGACCUGUAAGAAUUUACAUAAACAGAGAUGUGUGAAAGAGAAAGGAGAGGGAGUGUUAAAAUCAACAUGAAAUGCUGGUAACAGACCCAUUUACUUACAUAAUGUGACACAUUUCUGAGUGUGAGAGAAUAAAUGUCAUUCGUUCAGUUAUUCAAUGUGAACUGAUUGACUGGAAGGGAAAAAUAUUUGCAAUGGUAUUUGUGAUGUCAGCCAAAAAAAAGCAUAUUAUUUCAGCGGCCAAUUUAAAAAGAAACGCACAGAAAUGUGUAUUAAGGAAGUAAAAGGGGUCAGUUAUUUUCAUGCUGAGAUUUUGAGAGAGAGAUUAUUUAAUAAAUUUCUAGCCUUAGAAAGUCUUCUGCCUGCAUUCCACUUUAGAUAUAUAAUCAAAAUCUAUCACUUUGAAAUGUUUUAAACUGUAUUUCAGUUAUUUGAAUCGUUUUGUAUUGAAUUGUUCAAAUAGUUUCUUCUUUUUAAGCUUUUUUAAAUUCGACCUUUUAGUUUUGAUAUCACGUUUGAUGUUUUUUCCAAACUUUGCACGCUUGAUUGUCAGUCUUUAUGAUGCAGUUGAUGGUAUUCAUCUAUAAAUGUGAUGCCGUGUUUGAUCUUGUAAGGCAAUACUGUGUGAUGAUAAUAACCGUGUCUGGAAGCUGCUGUGAAGGUGCUGCAGUCUCACAGAAUGAGACAUCUCAACAGGGUCAGUUCGCUCUUUAUUCCGCUCGUGAUGUUCAGAUCUAUUGCACAGAAUCGUUGUAUUUUUCCCUAUACUUGAUGUCUAUAUUUGAAACAAAUUCUAAUAAA